GGAGAUUACUCAACGAUUUUUUGAGAUUCUAUUUUACUUAUCUGGUGUGUACUGAAGACGAUCAACGACGUUGUGGGGUUUUUUAUCGAUUUCAAGUACGAAGACUACCUACCUGACGUUCCCAAGCUUCAAGGAAGAUGUCGCGUUCACGAUCAUCGUCGGACAGGAGGUGGCGCAGACACUCAUCAUGAUCUUCCAGAUCUCAAGGGAGGAAGCGCUCAAGAAGGGGGAGAUCGAAAACUCCGAGAGAUAGAAGACAUAAGUCAAGAUCACCAUCGUCAUGGAGAAGAAGGGCGGAGUCAGAAUCUCCUGGUUCUCGAGACCAUUGUGGGAGCAAAGACGGAAUGAUUUCCCCCUACCGGAAAAUCGAGUGUGGUUUACGGCGGAUCUAAAGGAAGAAAUCUUUAAGCUCCGCCGGGAGAUGAACAAAGUUCUCAAGACACUGGAGCAUCUCACACGAAAGACAAGUGAAAAGCAUCCAGCUCCUCCGAACAAGGAAGACACUGCAAAGAAGCCUGAGUUAACUCCGGAUGCGCUCAAGUCCAUCAUUAAUGAAACACUGAAGCCAACAAAGAUGAACCAAGGGGGACAGAAUCAAGCUGGUCCAAGCGCAACCGGUCAGAAGACUGCAGAGGCGGAAGAUAAAGUAGAAAGGAUGGUAUCGGAAGUGCAGAAGGAGGUCAACAACCUGAAGCUACUAAAGUACAAGGACAAGCUGCAAGCGAUCUCGACAUUGAGGCAAGUUCCUGGAUUGAUCGCCUACAAGGGGCGGGACUUCAACCGGGAUUCUGAUCUUGAAACACAGAUCAUGCCAGAUCCAGAUAACAUCAGAGUGUCCAAUACAACUGGCGGCGACACAAGUGAGGAUGAUUACGAGAGCCUUAGUGUGCAUCUGCGUGUGCGUCCUCCCGGACAUCCGCAGCGAUGCACAAGACGCCCAGAACUCCGCAGCGACGUUCAAAACCUUUGUAACGACUUGUCGCGUUCGGGCGAGGGUAGAUGCGCAAAAAUCUCCUCCUCCAGGAGGUCGUGCUGCAUACUCUUAUCGUGCGCGAGGAAUGCUGCUUCCGACGGAACGAAGGUAGCGAUGAUAGCUACCGGAUUGACAUUCCUUUGCCCUCAGAAGAACAAGGGUAGCACUUUGCCUAGAUCGUCCUUUUCCUGGCGAGAUUGGGAUGUCGAAGAAGAGCAAGAUGAGGCCGGCGUUGCGAUGAGCACUCGGGAAUCGGGAUCAGAAGAGGGUCAUCUCCCUGUUGUGGAGAGUGCCUUUGAAUACGCCGUAAGCUUGUUUAACCUGGGCGAGUACUACAAAUGCCACGACGUGCUGGAGUCGUUAUGGCACAACGAGGAAGAGACGCAACGAGCCCUCCUCCAAGGCGUCCUCCAAUGCGCCGUCGGGCUCUACCACCUUGUCAGCGACAACCAUCGAGGGGCGAUGAUGCAGAUGGGCGAGGGCGUUACAAGGCUUCGGAUGUUGCGGGUUGACAAAGGGCCAAUCUUCGAGUUCGAGUCCGGAAUGUCUGCGGUGCUCGAGUUUGUCUACAAUACUCAGCUGGAGUACGCAGCGUGUUCCGACGACGUCUGCGUCACGAUGGACGGAUCUGAGCAGUCCUACAAGCUGUUGGGAAACUUUGCAAAGGGCAAGUCUCUCUAUUGUAUGGCUAAGGAACCGGACGCGGGCAUCACAAGGAUCACUUUUUCGCCGAAGGGAGUGGCGGUUCUCCAGUCGGCGGACAGCGACACUGACGCGGCAAGUGAUGCUUUCUCAUCGGUCGUAGUUCCUACACUGAGAAUGACGGAAGAAGAUCUCCGGCAACCAAUGCGUCAAUCUUCCUUGACAAGGGGUGGGGGGGAAUAAGGAUCUGGUCACUCUUAAAAAAGAAAAAAAGAAAAAAAGUAGUAAAUAUUUCGGAUACUU